AUGGAAGAACACAACUGGAAGUUUUCACAAUGCUUUGGUGACAAAGGUGAUGUGGAGACAAUUACAGAAGCCGACAUCAUUUCGACGGUGGAAUUUGACCAUACCGGCGAUUUUCUAGCCACCGGUGAUCGAGGAGGCCGGAUUGUGCUAUUCGAACGGAACGAGAGCAAGAACAACUGUGAAUACAGAUUCUACACUGAGUUUCAAAGCCACGAUGCUGAAUUUGACUAUCUUAAGUCAUUGGAGAUUGAAGAGAAGAUCAACAAGAUUAAAUGGCUCAAAAGAAGCAACACGUCGAACAUGCUGCUAAGCACAAACGACAAGACCAUCAAACUGUGGAAGAUCUUUGAGAAGCAAAUAAAGAUGGUCAGUGAAAACAAUCUGAGUGAGAACUCUAACUUAAUGAACACAGGGAAUGAGACAUUGUCGGCCGCCAAUAUAAGUUCCAAGUUGUUGUCGAUCAACAACUUGAAGCUGCCUAGAUUGACCUUACAUGAUACCAUCACUUCAGCACAACCCAAGAAGAUUUAUGCCAAUGCUCAUGCCUAUCAUAUCAAUUCCAUCAGUGUUAACAGUGAUGGAGAGACAUUCAUAUCCGCAGACGAUCUACGUAUCAACCUGUGGAACUUGGGUAUUGCUGACCAGUCUUUCAACAUUGUUGAUAUAAAACCAGUUAAUAUGGAGGAGCUCACGGAGGUAAUUACCAGUGCUGAGUUCCAUCCUGAAAAUUGUAAUCUUUUCAUGUACAGUUCGUCGAAGGGGACCAUUAAGUUGGCUGAUAUGCGAGUAUCGUCACUUUGCGACAACUAUUCCAAAGUUUUUGAAGAAUGCAUUGACCCUACAAACCACAAUUUCUUUACAGAGAUCACGUCGUCUAUUUCUGAUGUUAAGUUCUCACCUAACGGUAAGUAUAUCGUAUCAAGAGACUAUAUGACAGUGAAGAUUUGGGAUGUUGCUAUGGAAAGCGAACCACUCAAGACCAUUAAUAUACAUGAACAGUUACGUGACCGCCUUUGCGAUACCUACGAAAACGAUGCCAUAUUCGAUAAGUUCGAAGUCCAAUUCUCUGGCGACAACGACUCGAUCAUGACCGGAAGUUAUAACAACAACUUCAUGAUUUACCCUAAUGCUGUUUCAUCUUCGAGCAAGACCGUUUCCGAAAACGAGAUCGUGCUACAGGCUGAUAAGUCAGCUUUCAAAGCCAAGAAAUUAAACAGCAGACGUAAGGAGCCGUCAAACGGUCUUUCUAUGAUGCGCAAGGAGAUGCAAUUCGACGAUAUAGACUUCAAGAAGAGCAUCCUCAACUUGAGCUGGCAUCCACGCGAGAAUAGUGUCGCAAUUGCUGCUACGAACAACCUCUACAUUUUCUCUACUUUGUAA